AUGAGUGAGAUGAUUCUGAAGAAGAUGUUCUCUGCACAUGACUUGCCGGUUAACGCUAUCGCGAUCAGCAAUGAUGGCACCGUGAUGUUGACUGAAGCUGAUGAUGGCUGUGUCAUUGCAUGGGAUAUGAAGGCAGGCGAGAAGCUAGAAGAGAUAUCUUGCAUAUUUCAUGGCCCGGUCAUCAGCGUAUGCUGGAUUGACCUAGGAAAAGGGGACAACCUUGCAUUCGUCUGUGGGUGUGCCGAUGAUACCCUACAGGUCUAUCAGAGGGCAGAUGUCCGUACUCGCUUCAGUUUGUGCUCUGUGACCUCCGCCCACAAAGGAUUCGUACAAGAUAUCAAUUUCGAUACCAAUAAUGGUCGGAUUGCCAGUGCUGGAGGGGGUACCGUUUCCAUCUGGAAGCUUAACGGAGGCGGCAGUCUCGAAAGUAUGACUACGGACGUGCCUGACAAAGGAUAUAUGCUUCAAUCGGUCCAUUUCUGUGACAGCGGGGAUAGUAUCCUGUUAUGCUACUGCGAGUCACACGAGAUUGUAGAUCCUUGGUCAUUGAAAUGGGCAAAGCAGCUGCCCACGCGGAUUGGACACUCUGUCUUAUCACCGGACGAACAGAACCUGUUCAUUUUGAAUCUCAUCAGCGGCGUCGAUCAGUACAAGGUCCCAUCAUUAGAACGAAUACGAUCCUAUUCCUACCCGAUAGCCCGCAAUCAACUAAUGCAAGUCUGUGUACUGGGCACCCAGCUUGUGAUAGGUGGAGACGACGGGUUUGCCCGGCUGUACGACAUCGGUACAGGACGCUUGGUGCAAAUGCUUGAACAUAGCGGUGACGCGACUCUGGUGCAAACUGUCUCGACUCACGAAGGUGCGCAAGACUGCGUAAUUGUGACCGCCUCCACUGGCGAUGGCCCAUCGGAGAUCAGAGUCUGGUCGCGACUCCUUGGAAUCCAGCAUGAACACGAGAACAGCUCAUUAUCAACAUCUUGGUCACAGACGAUGAUGGUUGCCUUCCUAACUGCCGCGUUCAUGACAUUCAUUACUUCCGAUAAUGACUUCGGUCCCGGUCUGGCCGAGUACACCGCAUACAUUGCCACACGAUUCUACGCUCUCUUCGAUGACUAUCGAGCCAUGUAG